UAUUUUUCUAACUGAUAAGAUCAAAAGUGUUAUAGAUUACGGUUACGGUUGUAGUGUGAGCGUUAUAAUUAUGACGACGAUGAACACCUUAAUUUGUAAAAUAUUUAUUGUAUUUUUAUGUUUGUUUGAACAUGGUGCCGGUAAAAAAAUAUGCGAUGCAGACCAUAAGUUUCUAUGUCGGAAGCAAACUGAGUGUUCCAGUUGUAUUAGAGCCCAUGCUUGUUGUAAUUGGUGUUAUGACCCAACGUUUAAAGGCGCCAAGUGUGAUUUGGCCGACAGUUUAACAAGAGAAUGCAAUGUAUUUUAUAUCGAAUUUAAUAAAAACGAAACUCAAAUGCAGAACUUUAAUGCAGAAGACUCUAAUGACGACAGUGAUGCACAGAUUACACCACGAAAAAUUAACGUGUUUUUAAGGAAAGAAGAACCAGUAAAUAUAAGUUUUACAUAUCAAGCAGCAAGAAACUACCCUUUGGAACUAUACUAUUUGGCUGAUUUAAGUUAUUCCAUGAGACACCAUAUAGAGACCCUUAAGAGUUUAGGAGAUGAAUUGAGUAAAAAUCUGCAAAGAUUAACGACAAACUACAAAUUGGCUUUUGGGUCAUUCUUGGAUAAACCAGGAAUGCCAUUUACUCAAACGGAUGAGCAACAUUUAAAAAAUCCUUGCAGAUGGGAUGGGGCAGAAUGCAAUCCUAGCUAUUUAUUUAAGCAUAUAUUAAACUUUACUCACAGUUCUGAUAGAUUCUUUAAAGCAGUCAACAAAAGUAAAAUAUCUGCAAAUGCGGACGAUCCGGAUGGAGCGUUAGAAGCCAUAUUUCAUAUUUUAGUGUGUGGUGAGAAAUUCGGUUGGACUCAAGAAUCUCGUAAACUCGUGAUACUGUCUACCGAUAGUUUUCUUCAUGUGGCUGGAGAUGGUAUCUUAGUGGGCGCUACAUUAAGGAAUAAUGGAACGUGUUUGAUCAACUAUAACGGUGAACACACGGCACCUUUGCAGUACGACUAUCCUUCCAUAGACGAAAUACGCUACUGGCUCCGAGAGAAAAAAGUAAAUCUUAUAGUCGCCGCCCCACGAGAGAAAAGUGGUUAUUAUUUAAAUUUAGCAAAUAGCAUAUUAGAAAAAGAAAUGUAUGUUGGGGAGCUGGAAAGAGAUUCUUCCAAUAUUUUAGAUUUAGUGAGCGAUGGUUUUAAACGUUUUAUCAGGCAAGUAGAAUUUUCAGCCAACACUAGUGAUAUUCCGAAUUUGAGUGUUCGAUUUUUCGCAGACUGUAAUGGUAUUGGAAUAUUUGAAGAACUCAACGAAUGUAAAAAUAUAAAUGAAUAUGACCCUAUUAAUUUUAAAGCGGAAUUAAAUUUGACAGAAUGGGAAGACUCUGAUUCAGAAACACUUAUAAUACGAGAAAAGAACAUUAAUGAAGAAAUAUUCGUACGCAUUGAGACUGUUGGUAGAUGUAAAUGUACAAAUUUAAAGAAUAUUAAAACAUGUAUACAUGGAAUUAAUGAUUGUGAUCAGUGCAAGUGCGAUGGAGGAUGGAAGGGUGAAUAUUGCGAGGAAGAAUGCACUGGUAAUACAAUUGGUUGUAUAGCCAAUACAUCGGAUUAUUAUUGUUCGGGAAGAGGAGAGUGCCAGUGCGGAAAGUGUGAAUGUGAGAGGACUUAUAGCGGAGAAUUUUGCCAAUAUAAAUGUCCAGUGGAUGACAAUGGAAAAAUCUGCGCUGGGCACGGCACAUGCACGGAUGGUAACUGUGUUUGUUUUUCGGAUUAUUCAGGUCACAAUUGUAAUUGUUCCACGUCACUAGAAUCCUGUAAAUUUGGAACUGAUGUGCUGUGUAAUAAUAAAGGUACAUGUAGUUGCAACGAAUGCCAGUGCGAUGAUAAUUUCUUCGGAGCUUAUUGUGAAAAACUAAAAGGGGAAAAUCAGGUUGAUGAAAAUUUACUUUGCAAGAAUUUUGACAGUAUAGUUAAAGAUAACCAAGAAAACAUUGACGAUACGAGCACAAGCACAGCAGAUAAUAUAACAACAUAUUUAAAAUAUGUUUCUCAAAAUUAUAUUUGUAGUCAAGAGUGCACCAUUGUAAGUUUUGAAGGUAACGACAGAUGUAAGUUACGCUACUGUUAUGAGAAAACAGAUUUUGGGGGCAUACAGCUCUUGGUAACUCCAAAAUAUUGUAGCAAAACUGCCCAGGCUUAUGGCAUAAAUCUUGCAAUAGGUCUUUUUACCGCCAUAGUUGGAGUAGGUAUUCUGUUCAUAUUUAUUAAGAAAUGGCAAAUUUCCAAACUGGAUCAAGCCGAGUUUAAAAAAUUUCAGGCAAGCAAAGCAUCUGAGACUAUCGAAUCGAAUCCAUUAUAUAAAAGUCCAUUAACGUCUUACCGAAAUCCUUUAAAACGUUAGAGGAAAAUGCUGAAAAUAAAAUAUGUCCACACAGAAUUUUUAAAACUCUGUAUGUUGAUUGUAUAUGUAUUUUUAUAGACUGAAUCUUAAUUUAAUGGUCCUUAUGAUUUUUUAAGAUUUUUAAUCAAAGAGACAUUUAUUUAGAAAUAUUGAAUCAAAAUAGGUUAUUAUAAUACUAUUAUUAAGAGGUUAACAUCAUCAUAAAAUUAUCAUAUUAAUAUCCAUAUAUUAUUUUUUACAGUAACGCACAGUAUUACAUAAAAUAUAAUAUCAUUAUGUUACGUUUCAAUACAUAUUCAAAAAAAAUGUAAGUGCUACAUAAUAACGCAAUAAAAUUAUGGCUUAAAAAA